CCCCCAAGUGUUCCUUCUCAUAACGUGCGAUUGUCAACACGGGCGCGACUGCACAGAAACUACGACCUCGUACGGCAACUAGUGUACCAGCACACGACGAACUCCCUCCUGUCUACUGUCUAGCACCCCCCACCGCCAACAUGUCGUCCCCAGCAGCACAAACGAGCGGUGUCAAAGGCGGCAAAGAGCCCAUUCUCUUCCGCUUUUGCUCGGAAUGCUCCAACCUUCUGUUUCCCCGCGAAGAUAAAUCCGAGAACAAGUUGCUUUUUGCGUGCCGCACCUGCAACUUCACCGAAGAAGCACCCUCGUCUUGCGUGAUGCGCCACGAAAUCGCUUCGACGGUGGGAGCUACGGCCGGUGUGACAGCGGAGGUUGCCCAAGAUCCCACGUUACCACGAGUGCAGAAACAGUGCACAGAGUGCGGCGAAAACGAGGCCGUCUUUUUCCAGUCGCAGCAGCGCACUGCCGAGACGGGCAUGGCCCUGUACUACGUGUGCGCGGGGUGCGGUCACGUCACACGCCCAUCCGACAACAACUAGGCGAAUUGCGACAUGACAUGCAUGCGGUUGGCGUUUGUUCUCAUGAUAGAUAUAUAAUAUUGCGAGGAGUUUAGGGAGGAAAAAA